CCCGCCCCGGAUCCCGCGUCACGUCAGGCGGAGCCGCCCGCCCCGCCGCGCGCUCCGGGAUGCUGCUCUCGGUGCCGCCGCCGCGCCCGGGCCUGGCCGCCUUCGCCUGUAGUAAGGGCGGAAAAAAGCAGCCCUAUGUGCCGCCGUCGCAGCCCAUGGGCCCCCCCAGCCCCAGCCCUUCUUCCGGGGGGGCGGGCGAACAGCUGAGCAAAACCAAUCUGUACAUCCGGGGGCUGCACCCCGGGACCACCGACCAGGACCUGGUGAAGCUGUGUCAGCCUUAUGGGAAGAUCGUCUCCACCAAAGCCAUCCUGGACAAGACGACCAACAAGUGCAAAGGCUAUGGCUUCGUGGACUUCGACAGCCCCACAGCAGCCCAGAAGGCGGUGACAGCGCUCAAGGCCAGCGGGGUGCAGGCACAGAUGGCCAAGCAACAGGAGCAGGACCCAACCAACCUCUACAUCUCCAACCUGCCGCUGGGGGUGGACGAGCAGGAGCUGGAAGCGCUGCUGAAGCCCUUUGGGCAGGUGGUGUCCACCCGCAUCCUGCGGGACCCCCACGGGGCCAGCCGCGGUGUGGGCUUUGCACGGAUGGAGUCCACGGAGAAGUGCGAGGCUGUCAUCACUCACUUUAAUGGGAAGUACAUCAAGACCCCCCCAGGGGUGCCAGCCCCCCCGGACCCGCUGCUCUGCAAGUUUGCAGACGGGGGGCAGAAGAAACGGCAGAGCCAGGGCAAGUUCGUGCCCAAUGGGAGAGCCUGGGCCCGGGACAGUGACGCGGGCACUGUGACCUUGGCCUACGACCCUGCCACAGCGCUGCAGAAUGGGUUCUACCCUGCACCUUACGGCCUGGCCCCCAACAGGAUGAUUGCGCCCACCGCCCUGGCCCCCUACCUGCCCUCACCUGUCUCCUCCUACCAGGUCCACAGCCCCACCUGGAUGCACCAGUCCUACCUCGUGCAGCCCACG